AUGGCAGUUAAAAUGUUGAGUAUAAAAGCUAAAGGGAAUGUAUCUCAACAAAUCUUUGAUGAUUUCGUGAAAGCUAUGAAAGAAGUGAUUCCUAAGGAUAAUUUACUUGUCUCUAAUUUUUAUGAAGCAAAGAAGCUAGUAUCGAAACUUGGCAUGGAAAGCAAUAAAAUUGAUUGUUGCAUUAAUGGUUGUAUGCUGUAUUAUAAGGAGGAUGAUAUACCAAGAAAAGAAUGUAAAUUUUGUCAUUCUCCAAGGUACAAAAUAGGUAAAAAGGGUAAACAAGUUUCUUUGAAACGAAUGCACUAUUUACCACUUAUACCUCGUUUAAGAAGACUUUAUGCUUCAAUGAACACAGCAUCUCACAUGCGAUGGCAUUUUGAUCACGAGUUUAAAGGAGUUCUUGAGCAUCCAUUGGAUUCAAAAGCAUGGAAGUAUUUUGAUAGAAAACAUCCACAAUUUUCUCAAGAACCACGCAAUGUCAGACUAGGAUUACGUGCUGAUGGAUUCACCCCUUUUGGUCAAUCUGGUAAACAAUAUUCAUGUUGGCCAAUAAUUGUCACUCCGUAUAACCUGCCUCCUUCUAUGUGCAUGAAAACUCCUUACAUGUUUUUAUCCAUGAUUAUCCCUGGUCCUCGUAAUCCCAAAACCGGAUUGAUGUAUACCUGCAGCCCUUGUAUUCCCAAAAUCAGGAUUGAUGUAUACCUGCAGCCCUUGAUUGAUGAGCUAAAACUACUAUGGGAAGAUGGCGUUUUAACUUAUGAUAUUCAUUCCAAGUCAAAUUUUGUAAUGCGAGCUGCAUUGUUGUGGACUAUUAAUGAUUUUCCUGCAUAUGGAAUGUUGUCUGGAUGGAUGACAGCAGGCAGGCUAGCAUGCCCAUACUGUAUGGAACGAACCAAGGCAUUCCAAUUAAAAAAUGGGGGAAAGCCAUCAUGGUUUGACUGCCACAGACAAUUCUUGCCAAAUAAUCACAUGUUUAGAAGAAACAAGGAUGCAUUCUAUAAGAAUAGAAUUGACAGAUCAGAACCUCCAUCAAGAUUGACUGGAGAGCAAAUAUGGUAUAUAGUUCAAAAUUAUGAUAAGAUAAGUGAUGUUGAGCAACUUGAGAUAGAAGGAUAUGGAAGUACGCAUAAUUGGACCAAAAGAAGCAUAUUUUGGGAUUUGCCUUAUUGGCGUCAUAAUUUAAUCCGUCAUAACCUUGAUGUAAUGCAUAUUGAGAAGAACGUAUUUGAUAAUAUAUUCAAUACUGUCAUGGACAUCAAAGAGAAGACUAAAGAUAAUGCAAAGGCUAGAAUGAAUCUGUCAUUAUACUGCAAGCGAAAAAAUUUAGAACUGCCAAACCAAAGUGGAGGUAAAAUUAUAAAACCUAAAGCAAACUACACAUUUACCCUCCAGCAAAAGAGGGCAAUAUGUGAAUGGGUGAAAGAGUUAAGGAUGCCUGAUGGUUCAUUGCCAGAGCAGAUAUGGAAGCCAAUAACAAAGUUAAGUCAAUUCUUUCGAGAUUUGUGCUCAACAUCGUUACGAGAAGAUGUUCUAAAUAAGCUAGAAGAAAAUAUUCCAAUUAUGCUAUGCAAGCUAGAACGUAUUUUUUCUCCUGGAUUUUUUGACUCAAUGGAACAUCUACCUAUUCAUUUGCCAUUUGAAGCAUUGCUUGGUGGUCCUGUGCAAUAUAGAUGGAUGUAUCCUUUUGAGAGGUUUCUCCAUCAUCUUAAGAAAAAGGUCAAGAACAAAGCACAUGUUGAAGGAUCUAUCGUUGAAUCAUACCUAAUUGAGGAGAUUUCUUACUUUUGUGAGUACUAUUUUAACCAAACUAGCAUCGACGCAAAGCAAAAUGAUGAAGGUGAUGAUUCAAUUCAGCAAAAUUUGUCUAUUUUUAAUUUGCUUGGUUGUUUUGCUGGUGAAUGCAAAACUCGUUAUUUAGAUGACAAAGAAUUCAGUGCAGCCAUGAAUCAUAUACUAAUAAACUGUGAUGAAAUUAAGCCAUAUAUUGAGUGA